CAAGUCCGUGACUUAGAAACGAAACCUAGAAAAAGAAUCCCCAAUCGUGUUCGGCGGCGGCGCGGCUGACAGCGGGCGGCAGGCAGCGGGCGGCACCACGGCCGAUCAUCACCUACGCCGGCCAGGCAGCGGGCGGGGCCGCGGCCGACCAUCAUCCGCACCAAGCGGGGAGAGUGCGGCGCCGUGGCCGUCCAUCAUCGGGUGGCGAGCAGCGCCCGGCGGCAGAGGGCGUCAUCUGUGGAGUACAGACGGCGGCGGAUGGCGUCAUCUCCAGAGCGGACUGCGUAGGGCGGCGUCAUCUCUGUUUCUAAGUGCUGCAGCCGAACAAAGCUUCUGUUUUGAAGCUACAGAUGGACAGAAGUUGGAUAAAAGCUAGGAAAUUUUCCGAAGAAUACAUCAAUGGAGUGAAAGAGUUCAUGAAUUUCGUUCGUGAAACCUAUGCUGAGGAUGCUCAAAUUCUUUGCCCGUGCCGCAAAUGUCUCAAUGGUAAACAAGAACCUCAAGGGAAAGUGGAGGAUCAUAUUCUUAUUUAUGGGAUGUCUAGCACAUAUGAUAGGUGGAUUCAUCAUGGAGAACCAUUAAAUGUUGAAGCUGAUGCAGAUGCACAUCAUGUGGAUGGAGCUACUGAUAUCGUGGUAGAUGUUGCUGAAAAGGAUGUUCAUUUCGAGGAGGAGGAUCUAUAUGAAGAUGAUAGAAUUCCUGACAUGAUACAUGAUCUGUAUGGAUCGGAGGACACGGGUAGACAGCAGUCAAAGUUUGCAAAAGUGAUAGAAGAGGCAAAGUGCUCACUUUACGAAGGGUCUGAAACUUCAAGAUUUUCAUUUGUCGUGAAGUUACUCCACAUCAAGUCUUUCUAUCGGAUCUCCAAUGUUGCAUUUAAUGCAAUACUCGCGUUGUUGGCCAAGUCAUUCCCGAAGUGCUCGAUUCCCAAAUCUUAUGAUGAAGCACUGAAAUUUAUCCGUGCAUUGGGGCUAGGCUAUGAUUCAAUCCAUGUGUGCCCAAAUAAUUGUGUCCUUUUCAGAAAACAAUAUGCCAACCAUGACGAAUGUCCGGUAUGUGGUGCAUCGAGAUGGAAGGACUCAGAUGGGAAAAAACAUAUUCCGAUGAAAGUAUUGAGACAUUUCCCGUUGAUCCCGGGGUUGCAGCGGAUGUAUUAUUCGAAGAAGUCAUCGGAAGAGGUACAAUGGCACAAGCUGAAAAAGAAACCCGUGGAAAAUGAAAUAAGUCAUCCAGUUGAUGGUGAAGCAUGGAAAGACUUUGAUAAAAAACAUAGAGAUUUUGCUGAAGAUGCACGAAACCAGAGAAUUGGCAUUGGUACAGAUGGGUUUAAUCCGUUUGGAAAAAUUAGUGCUUCCUACAGCAUGUGGCCUGUAUUUGUGAUGGCUUAUAACCUGCCACCAUGGGCAUGUAUGGAUCAAUGCAACCUCAUGAUGGCCUUACUUAUACCCGGUCCAAAUUCUCCAGGGAAGGAUUUUGAUUUGUUCUUGGAUCCUCUCGUCGAAGAGUUGCUUGAGCUUUGGAAGGGUGUAAGUACCUAUGAUGCCUUAAGUGAAAAAAAAUUAAUCUACGUGCAGCAGUCCUAUGGUGCAUCCAUGAUUAUCCAGGAUUGAGCACUCUGUCAGGAAGAGUCGCGAGUGGCUACUAUGCGUGUUUGCACUGUGACAAAGAUCCCUGCUCACAGAGGAUAAGAAACAAGAUAUGUUAUAUUGGACAUCGUCAUUUUCUUCCUCGAGCGCAUCGCUGGCGAAGAAGCAAAGCUUUUAAUGGUAAGAGUGAAAACCGUGACAAGCGAGAGGAAUUCAGUACAGAAGAGCUGCUGCUGCAAUUGGAGAAUGUCAAAGAUGUAAGACCAGGAAACCAUCCUCAAAACAAGAAAAGAAAGCGUAAAGAUGCUGGUCAAUGCUGGAAACGGAGGGUUUGUUUGUGGGACCUGCCAUACUGGAUAGAUUUGAAACUGAGGCAUAAUCUUGAUGUAAUGCACAUCGAGAAAAACAUAUGUGACAACCUGCUUGGGACAUUUCUUAACAUUUAUGGUAAGACAAAGGAUACGGCUAAUGCUAGGCUUGAUUUGGAAGACAUGGGUAUAAGACCAGAUUUACACCUCGACCGUGAUGAGGAUGGAAAUCCAGUUGGUUUGCCAGAAGCAUGGUACACAAUGACAAAAGAACAGAAGCUUGCAUUCUGUGAAUUUAUAAGACAAGUGAGAUUUCCAGAUGGGUAUGCCGCUAACUUAGCAAAAUGUGUUAGUCCUGAUGGAUGCAAGCUUCAAUCACUGAAAACCCAUGAUUGCCAUAUCCUCCUCCAAAGACUUAUACCAGUUGGUAUCCGUGGAAUCAUGGAUAAGGAGAUAUAUGAAGUCGUCGCUGAUUUGGGAAAAAAAUUUGGAGAACUGUGUUGCAAAACUUUGAAGCUAGAUGUUUUAAAAAGACUUAAGGAAGAAAUCCCAGUUAUUCUUUGCAAACUCGAGAAGAUUUUUCCUCCAGCUUUCUUUGAUGUCAUGGUGCAUCUAGCCGUUCAUUUACCAGAUGAGGCAAUUCUUAGAGGCCCGGUGCAGUACGGAUGGAUGUAUCCAAUUGAGAGAAGGCUACUUACUUGUAAGCGUUAUGUGAGGAACAUGGCCAGACCUGAAGGAUCGAUUGCAGAAGCAUAUGUUGUUGAUGAGUGCCUAACAUUUUGCUCGAGGUACUUGGACGAUGUGGAAACAAGAUUUAAUCGGGAGGGCAGAAAUAGAGAGUGCGCUGAUCUGCAAGCUUUUGAUUUGUCGGUUUUCAACCACGGUGUGAAUUUACUUGGAGGUUCGAGAAAGAAAUAUGCUGGGGAUGAUUAUGACAAGAUGGUUUGGUAUGUUCUCAAUAAUUGUAUUGAGGUUCAGCCAUAUCUCCAACUAUGCAAGGAAGAAUUGCGGCAGGAAGAUAGUCAUAAUGUUGAUGAAAGGCUUGAGAAAGGAUUUGCCAGAUGGUUUCAGAAUCAUGUGACUUCUUUGCGUGUGGAGAAGAGAGAAGAGGUAAGUGAUGAUCUCUAUGCUUUCGCAUGUGGACCAGCUUCUGGAGUCUUAUCAUAUUCAACAUGUGUUGUUGAGGGUGUCCGGUACCACACAACGGACCGUGAGAAGAAUAAUAAGGCGCAAAACAGUGGAGUCAUGGUUGAGGGAACCAAUGAUAGUGAAGUCAAUGAUGAUGGAGAAGAGGAGAUCAUUGACUUCUAUGGUCAACUGAAAGAAAUCAUCAAGUUGCAGUAUAACUCUACCCAAGGUGUCAAUCGUUCAGUCGUCUUAUUACGUUGUGAUUGGUUUGAUCUGGAUGCCAAAAAGAUAGGACUUAAAGAUGAUGGACAUUUCAAAAGCAUCAAUAUUGGAAAAUGUUGGUAUAAAAAUGAUCCUUUUAUUCUGGCAACACAGUCAACAAAGGUGUUUUAUUUACAAGACACAAAGUAUGGUGGAGAUUGGAGAGUUGUGUAGAAAUUUCAGCAUAGACAUUUGUGGAGUGUGACUGAAACUUCCAUGGAGCAAGGUCCCAAUGGUAGUGGACUAAAUUACCAGGAUGAUCAUUCGGAGGAAGUUCCGGUGAGAGCUAAUGAAUCCACUUUGUCGAAUCUGCUGCGCAAAGACCAAGAACACUCUGUGAUUGAUCCUGUUGUAGCGGCAAAACUUGUCAAACAACAUAUUGAAUUAUUGGAUGAAAGCAAGGAGGAGGACGACCACGAUGAAACUAUGAUGCAAUAUCGUAGUGAUGAUGAAGAUCACACUGGGCACAAUAUUGGUGAUGAUGACGAGUAGUUCCAGUGCAGAAAGUUCUAUGGCCAAUUGAUAUGCUAUUGCUUACAUACUUCAAACUUACUGGAUUAAUUCUCUCAGGUAUGACUUCCUGAACAAUUGCUCAACUAAGAUGGACCUCUUUGUCGUUCUGGAGCGUGUUGGGAUCAAGGAAGAUGGGUGACCAAGGAAGAUGCCAUGAAAAAAAGAUGCCAUGAAGUGGUUCCAGGUCAAGUAUGAGUGUGUCAUCCUGAAGAAGUCCCAUGGUAGCUAGUAACCUUUCGAGUCAUUGAGUUGUUGUUAGAGUUUUAGUCAGUCAUACUUCAUCUGGAUCAUGGAAUCGUAUGUUUAUUGGUACAAAGCCGCACUAGUAAUUUUCCCUAAUCUGUUUAUUGAAGUAGUUGGUUCUGACUUAGUGUUGUGUGGGUUCAGACGUUGUAAUGUGUGGGUUCAGACUUAGUGUUGUGUGGCCUUGGUUCAGUUGGGUUCAGAAACAACAGUCAAAUAGAGAACCUUGGU